AUGUCGACAACAACCACUACUGUUACCUUUCCUCCUCACACACAACAACACCGCUCUUCUUCGUCACCUCUCCGCCUCGCCGUCCAGAAGAAGAAGAUGAGCAUCACCCAGACCUACUACCUCGCCCACAAGGCCCGGGCCAAGCUCUCCUCGGAGGCGGCCCGCGCCGACCACGACCUCCGCCUGCUCGUCGGCCACGCCAACCUCCUCGACUCGCUGAUGCUUGAGCUCGCCGACGCCGAGCGGGAACAAGAAAGCUGGUUCAACCAGUCGGUCCGCGGUGCCACCAAGAGCGAGGAGCGCCACGUGCAAUGGGCCGACUCCAUCAUCGAGGAUCCCGAGGAUGACUGGCACGCCGACGACGCCUCCGACUCGGACGACUCCUCUUCAGACUCCUCCGAUGACGACUACGACGAGGAGGACAUUGAGAUGGCCGACACCGUCUCCCUCCGCCGCAUGCCCUCCGCCGCCCCCGCAUCACCGAGGACUACUACCGUCGAGGUGUCGGAAGACUACGACAUGGAGGACGACCUCGAGGAGGACUACGCACAGCUCGAGCUUGUCCGCACACCAUCCCACUCCAGCAGCAGCUCACCACCGGAGCUCGAGCACGACUCUGACGUCUCGGAAGACGAGUCGAUGCCCCCAUCACCGCCAAACGCCGUGCUCACCUUCUCCGAGAAGGAAGCCAAGGAAGAGAUCUCACAACAACAACAAAACAGCGACGGCUCCUUCUACUCAGAAGGCUACUACCUGCCGCCUCGGAACCCAGCAAGGCUCGUGUCUGCCAUCUCGGUGUACUAA